AUGAGGCUUAUGCUUCAAAAACCGGAAGGGGUUGCAGGUGCUUCCUGGCCUGCAAUUGUGAUUGGUUUAUUCGUUGCAUUUGGGGGAGUCUUGUUUGGAUAUGAUACAGGAACGAUAAGUGGCAUCUUAGCCAUGCCAUAUUGGCAAGAUCUCUUCUCAACUGGCUAUCGAGAUAGUACCGGCCACCUGAAUGUUACAGCCUCUCAAACAUCAGCCAUAGUAUCUAUUCUCUCGGCAGGAACAUUCUUUGGCGCACUCGGCGCCGCUCCCAUUGCCGAUCGUUUGGGUCGCCGUUGGAGUCUGAUUGCUUCCUGCUGCGUCUUCAUUCUCGGUGUUAUCUUGCAAACUGCCGCUACUGCCAUUCCAUUGUUUCUUGCUGGAAGAUUCUUUGCUGGCUUGGGCGUUGGUUUGGUGUCAGCCUUAAUUCCGCUAUAUCAAUCUGAGACAGCACCAAAAUGGAUUCGUGGAUCAAUAGUCGGUGCAUACCAGUUCUCAAUCACGGUUGGCCUUCUCCUGGCAUCAAUUGUGAAUAACUCUACCAAAGACAGAAAUGACACGGGCUGUUAUCGCAUCCCAGUCGCAGUGCAAUUUGCGUGGGCAAUAAUAUUGAUUACUGGAAUGCUUAUUCUUCCAGAUACGCCACGUUUUAUGAUAAGAAAUGAUGACUAUGAGGGGGCCGCAAAAGCCCUUGGGAGACUUCGUCGUCUACCAGUAGAUCAUAUAGCCAUUCGGGAAGAGCUUACCGAAAUCGAAGCCAACCACAAAUUUGAGAUGACCCUCGGAAAAGCUACUUAUUUGGACUGUUUCAAAGGAAAUCUUCUGAAACGUCUUCUAACGGGCUGCGGCUUACAGGCCUUGCAACAGCUGACUGGCAUCAACUUUAUUUUUUACUAUGGAACGCAGUUUUUCAAAAACUCAGGCUUUCACAACUCCUUCAUAAUUUCCUUGAUCACAAAUUGUGUCAACGUCGGGUCAACAAUACCUGGUCUAUGGGCCAUUGAGAAACUGGGCCGACGCCCAGUUCUCUUCUGGGGUGCUGUAGGCAUGUGUGUCUCGCAAUUUCUUGUUGCAAUUCUUGGUACCACGACAACAACGCAGAACGCCACUGGGGUGAUUAUCGUCGAGAAUGAACCUGCUCAAAAGGCGGCUAUUGCUUUCAUUUGCAUAUUUAUCUUCUUUUUCGCCGCGAGCUGGGGACCGUGUGCUUGGGUGGUUACGGGUGAAAUAUUCCCUCUCAAAGUCAGGGCUAAGUCGUUAUCUAUGACUACAGCCACUAACUGGCUCUUAAAUUGGGCCAUCGCUUAUUCGACCCCCUACCUAGUUGACUAUGGUCCAGGUAAUGCCAAUCUACAGUCAAAAAUAUUCUUUAUAUGGGGCUCUUGCUGCUUUCUCUGCAUCGCUUUCGUGUACUUCUUGAUAUAUGAAACAAAGGGACUUACUCUGGAGCAAAUCGACGAAUUGUACGCAGAGGUCAGUAGUGCAAGGAUUACUCCUGGUUGGACUCCGUCAGUUACCUUCAAGGAUAUACAGGAGGGCAAAGCAGAAGUUGUCCACCGAGAAAAGACUUGA